UGCGCAGUGUGUGCUAUUCACGAACGCGUUUCUCCUCUGUGUGUUCACAGGCGUCUAACGGGCGUCUUUUAAAUGCAUGCAUCCAAACAUGCAAGUUUAUUUCCGUUUAAACUGACCUGCAUUACAUCAGGCUGCAAUGCAAAUCACUUCAAAGUCUGCUGCAUGCAUGAGAGCUGCAUAGCUGGAUAGCUGGCUAACCCUAGCUGAUCUGUGUGAGCACUCUUUGAGAAUAUAUUUCAUUAACAUCAACCAAAAGGUACAAGUAAUUGUAAUGCAUUUCUCUAAAAAAUGCUCCGUGUUUAAGGUGGUGCUCAGUGCCCUUCUCAUUGUUGCACUGUUGCAGCUUUUAUAUCUGUCUUUCCUCUCAAAAUUGCACGGGAAACAGCAGCGCUACAAGUAUUCUGAGCUCUUCGGGUCUAAAAAGACCUCAAACCAAGGUGAGAAGAACCCUAGACGGGAACAUCUCAGAUACUCUUUAUCCACAGGUGGGAUCUUCGAUGGAAGCGGACAGUAUCGCAUAUAUAAAAACCUAAUUAAAAGUGACUUCUCGACCAAUCAGAAGCCAGGUGCGGAUCCCAGAUCGCACCACCUGGCGUUGGCCACGCAUACGACGAUCAACAACCUUCAUCAUUUGAACUCUUUGUUGGAGCGCUGGCAGAGUCCGCUAUCCGUCGCGAUAUUCGCCAACGGCCAAGAUGUUAAAUUCGCGACGGCGUUCGUUUACGCCCUCAGCUUGUUUUGUCCACAGGUUCAAGCGUUGGUGGACUUCCAUCUGGUUUGCCACUCGGGUGAAAUGGCCAGCUUUCCAGACCAGGAUCGAGAGCAUUUUGCCGGUCUGGAGGAGAAGGGCUGUCCCGGCGUCUUCGCCAAGCUCGAAUCCCACCGAGACAAGUACAAAAACUAUGCCAUCGGCAGCAACGUCUCGUACCCCAACAACCUUCUCCGCAACGUGGCCCGCGGCGGCACAGACGCCGCCUACAUCCUGGUCAUCGAUAUCGACAUGAUACCCAGCGCCAAUCUGCACCACCAGUUCGUGACCAUGCUGAUGAGGCGUGAACCGGCGGUGGACGAGGUCCUCGUGCUGCCUGCGUUCGAGAUCAGACACACUCGUAAGAUGCCGGCGAACAAGGCGGAGCUGGUGCAGCUCUAUCAGGUGGGCGAGGUGCGGCCGUUCUAUGAUGAGCUUUGCCCUCGCUGUCAGGCUCCCACUAAUUAUUCGCAGUGGGUCAAUCUGGCCAGCAAGAGCUCGGGGCCGCUCGAGGUGGCGUACACCAUAAACUGGGCUGAUCCGUGGGAGCCUUUCUACAUCGGGGCCCGAACGGUCCCUCUCUAUGAUGAGAACUUCAGGCAGUACGGCUUCAACCGCAUCAGUCAGGCCUGUGAGCUUCACAUUGCCGGUUACCGGUUCUCGGUUGUGAGCAACGCGUUUGUGGUGCACAAAGGCUUCAAGGUCCAGGGAGAGUUUCACAGCAGAAAGGACGAGGAGAACCGCAAGAACCGCAUCCUCUUCCGCAGCUUCAAAGAGAGCCUGAAGGCCAAGUAUCCGAACUCGCCUCGCCGCUGCUGAGAAAACAGACGGUAAUCAGAGACAUCAAAUCUAAUGCUGACCGACAUCUUCCAGACUUCAUGUGAGAAUCAUAAAUGCACAAAACUGAAACAAAGAACCCGUUUGAAUCUCCACUCAUUUCAAAACAUCAGAAACUGUUCUUGAACGCUGUCUAUUUUAUCUAUAAGCUGAAGACAUGAUCAAGCUUUUAAAGAGAGAAACUAAAUAAAGAUGGUCAUUUUUAUUUAUAAUUUUUGUUUUCGGUACAUUUGUGACACCUUUUGAGAGCAAGAUACAAAUGUCUUCAACAUGAACUUAUUUAUUUAUUUAUUUGAUUUUAAUAGUACAUUCAAUCUUACUUUUCUGAGCUUUUCACUACAUUGUAAUGUUUCUUUUAUUUUCUUCAAAUUUAAGGCAAGACACCCCAGAUGAACAUUGCAAUUACAAACUUUUUUCCUUUUUUUGUGUUACAGAUUUUCUGAAAUGAUAUGCAAGUUAGCCACCAUUUAAUAAAAUAUAUGCAUAAAUUUGCAUACAUUUCCAGAAGAUAAAUCUGAACUGGGUUUUCAGAUGGGAUUUUGCAUUUCUCUUUUUUUUUUUUUCAGAAAAAUAUUGUAUAAAUUGUAUAAAAUCAUGCAAACCUCUCAGUAAAAACCAUCUGAAUACAGAUGCAAAUAAAACUGUAAAAUUCAGUGUAAGUGCUACAUAGAGUAGAGAAAAAAUAAUUUUAUGAAAAAAACACUAUGAAAUAUGUAUUGCAAUUGGAUCUACAGACAUAAAUAGAUUAAAUGCAAUAAAAUAAACACUAAAAAGUGCAUUUUAGAUGUUUUCUAUACACCAUUCUGAAACAACAGGCUAUGAAAAACCAAAUAGCCUAAAAUUUUACAGCUGACUAAUGCAUGAAAAACACUGUUUUUACCUGUAGUGUCUUGCCUUAAUCUGAGAAAUGGUUUGUCUACUAAGUAAACAUGCAGUAGCUAAUGACUGAUGGUUUGUCACAUGGAGUACAUAUACUAUAUAAGAGACGAGAUGUGGUGCAGCUGUAUGUCAUGUUGUGACUGUAAUGUUACACGUGUUUAAGUUACUGACGAGAUGAGGUCUCGUAAAGACCCAGAGAUUAGUUGUAAAGCUAUUAACAUAUUAAGGUCGAUAGGCCACCUUUAUGCUAAUAACGACUCUAAAGACGCUCAAAGAGCCUGAUGAUAUUAUACACACACAGGGAGUGGCGUCUGAAAAUCAUAUUAGUGUUUUAAUUAUACUGUGGAUUAGGGGUAGAUGACAAUGAAGCAACAUUAGAUUAAUGCAGGAAUGAACUACAAGUAGUGACUGUAGUCACCACAGGGUGUGCAGAUGAUUAGACUGAACAAGCAAUACUGUAUGUCAGAUAUUUACAUCAACUGUACAAGAUGUGUAGUGUUUAACACUGAAUGGGGCUUGUAUAUAUAUCUUUUCUUUUGGAGAACUACCCAUUUUAUUUUACUUUAUAGUAUUUUUUCUAACUUUUUUUUCUGAUGUGAAGACACAUGUGAUAUUAAUGUGAUAUUGAAAGAGUGUGUUUUUACAUUAGUUUCCAUGUUAUUUUGUCGAUUGCUUGUCAUAAAAGCAACAUUUUGUUCAUUUAACUCCGUUUACUCUGAUAGUGUUGUGUAGUACUGGAAGCAUGAAUGUUGUGACACUGGAAAAACACUGUCAAUCCAGAAACCUUGUUGUGAUACUGAAGAAAAUAUGAUUGUAAAGUGUUUUAUAAAAUUGUGACAUGACAAUGUGAACAUGUAAUUCUUUGAUUAUACAUGAUUAUACAACUAACACUGUUUUAGGUAUUGUUGAAUGAUGAACAAGUUUUGUAUCUAGUUACAUAAAUCUGCAACAUUUG